GACCUCGAUCGUUCAUACCUCGACAACAAAUAUAUCUAUUUUAGCAUCAGAUCUGCCUCCUAUCCUUCUACUAUUUGACAAUGGAGCUUCCUCAACCGCAGGCUGAAGAGGCUGUCUCUUCCAACGAUAGAGUCGGGAAAAAACAACGCGAUCGGGAGGAAGAAGCAGGUUAUAUUAUGGACGAUUUGAAAUCUGGAAAGUCCGUCCUUCUUCUCCAAGAGACUCCCAAAGCCAAAACCAGCCACUGCCAAUCAUGGCGUUGUAUGCCACGUAAACGAACUGGGAAGCCGGUUAUCAAGUCCCAUUAUCGUUUCAUGCUGAAAGAUAUCUCAGUGCCCUCAAAGCGAAAGGCUGAAUACUAUCACGUCACAUGUCUUGAGCGUCUCCUGCCCGAUUUGUCUGCGCUAGUCCGAGACGGCCAUUUGAAGAUGGAUGGCUGGAUUUCCGCGCCGGUUGACAGCAAUGUGUGCCUCGAAUCAUCCGCGGAAAUGGUCGCAGACUGGUUCAAGUAUGGGGGCCGUACCUUUGACCUUGGAUGCUAUGCAAAUUUCAGAAAGGACCAUCGUGAAUGGGACAAUGAUUGCAGUACUCGGUGGAUCAACCAUCAUCUGGGCCAUGGAGAACAGCCAGACAAUGCGUGCAACUACUGUCAGUCUCUACCAGACCCAGAAGAACCGAAAAAAGAAGAUUACUUUCCAGAUGAUCCUUCUGUGAUUUCAUUAAGUCAGAUGUUGGCGUCGAUGAGCGGACAAGCAAAUAUUGACAAGUGUGGUCGCCGGAGAAGACGGGCAUAGAAACUUCACAGAUUGGCUUAUAUUAUGUAUCACAAGAAUAAACAGUGCUAUUUAUUACCUUAGCAGUCUUCGGUCCAACUAUGCUUCCACCACGUUUGGAUAAAAAUCCUGGCAAGACUGAAUCGGCUUCUUGCAAGCUGGGUAAGGACAAGGAUACUCGAACACAAAACCCUUGGACUUGAUAUCCUUCACACAAUCCUCACACAGUGUAUGACCACAUCCCAGAACUUUCCAGCUGUCGUUGAACGUUCGAUGGCAUAAGGCACACUUCAAAAUAUUGCGACGCCUCUGUUCCUCGUUCUGUCGCUCUAAAAAUU